AUGCCGACCAGCACGGAUCAGCUCGAAGGACCUCGAAUCGACAACCAUGGCGAGGCAGCACAACCAUGGACCCGUGAUGUGUGGCUGUUGCUGGCAGCCCGGUUCGUGCGCAUGACGGCGUUUGGAUCGUCGUCGCUGGUGCUAGCGCUCUUCUUAUCUGCCUUAGGCCAAACACCCGUGCAGGUCGGUCGAUUCCUAACGCUGACGCUGGUGGGCGACUUUGUGCUCUCGUUGGUGCUCACUUUCGUCGCCGACUCGCUGCUCGGUCGGCGCAACACGCUGCGUCUGGGUGCGCUGUCGAUGCUCAUCUCGGGUCUUGUGUUUGCGACUGCGACCAACGUCAACUACCUGCUCGUCGCCGCCAUCUUUGGCGUCAUCAGUCCGUCUGGCGGUGAGAUCGGACCGUUCAGAGCCGUCGAGGAGAGCAUCCUGGCAGCGUUGGUGCAGAAACAGCACCGACCAGGCUUGUUUGGAUGGUACGUCGUCACGGGCGCAUUUGCGGCGAGUCUGUCGACGUGGUUGAGUGGGCUGUUGAACAAGGUGGUGGACGCGAAUGCUGGCGAGCAGCUCGUUGCGUACUAUCGAUGGGUGUUUGUCGUCUACUCGCUCAUGGGACUGGUCAAGCUCUUGCUCUCGCUCUCGCUCAGUCCGCGUUGUGAAGCGUCGACGACUCGGAACGCUGUUCCCUCACGCCCGACGGAAGCCAACGAACGCGAUCCACUGCUUCCACCUCCUUCAUCAUCGGACGAGCAACAUCCCGAGGAGCAAGGUUUCAGCCACGCUCGCUUCGCACUCCUCUGCACGCUCUUUGCCAUCGACUCGUUGGGGAGCGGGAUGGCAUCGCAGACGCUGACCUCUUGGUUCCUGUCGCGCAAGUUUAACGCAGAACUCGCCUCGCUCGGAAGCAUCCUCUCGGUCGCUUUGCUCAUGUCGGCCACGUCCAACCUCUUCUCGGCACGCAUCGCCAAACGCCUCGGUCUGGUUACCACCAUGGUGGUCACGCACUUGCCCGCCAACGUGUUCCUGGCAUUGAUCCCCCUCCCUUCCAGUCUGGGUAUGACAUCGGCAUUGAUCGUGGCGAGAGCAGCGACGUCGUCCAUGGAUCAAGCGCCUCGAUCAGCGUUUCUCACCGCUUUUAUUCCGGACCAUCAGCGAACCAGAGUGCUGGGCUUGGUCAACACCGUGCAGACGCUGGCACAGUCGGCGGGACCUUCGUUGACAGGUUGGUUUGCGAACAUGGGCAGGAUGGGCUGGGCGUUUCAUCUUGCUGGCUUGCUCAAGGCCGGUUACGAUCUGGGGCUGCUCGCCGCUUUCAAGAGUGUUAAUUAG